GAAGUCGGCUUGUGACGUAGCGCAUGUGGCGUCGUUUCGCAUGUGUUGGACUGGAUGAGAAGAUUUCAGUUGUAGUUGAUUUUCAGUGUUUGUCGUUUCUGCUACAAGACGUCUCAUGAGCCUUAACCGCCUUUUCUAAUUUGAGUUUUGAAUCUUUCUUGUGGUGACAACAACCUGAAAUAGGAACGUUGGUAGAAUUCACUUGCGAUUUAUCCGAGUGCAAUGGCAUCUUCGGCGGUCGCAGAUUUUUUCCGGGAUAAAAACGUGUUUGUCACGGGUGGUACCGGUUUUCUGGGUGUUUGUCUGAUCGAAAAAUUACUGCGAUGUUGUUCGGGCGUGAAAAAUAUCUAUAUUCUUAUUCGACCCAAAAAAGGCAAGGAUAUUCAGGAACGACUCGUGGAGUUGAUGAAAAAUUCGGUGUUCGAUAGAAUCAAGAAAGAAAACAACGAAGAUCUCUUCAAAAAAUUAAUCGCUGUCGCAGGAGAUGUUGGAGAAGACAACCUAGGCCUUUCAUCCAAUGACAGGUUGACUUUAGUCGAACAUAUUAAUAUAGUUGUACAUUCAGCAGCCACACUGGACUUUGAAGCCGAUUUAAAGAGUACAGUCAAUAUUAAUUUAUUGGGCACUCGGCGUGUCGUACAGAUCUCCCAGGAAAUUAGAGACCUCAAGGCCUUGGUUCACGUUUCAAGCGCUUACGUAAAUUCAGUUCUUCGCGAAUGUCACGAGAAACUUUAUCCUCCCCCAGUCGAUGUGGAAGAACUUUUGAAACUGGUUGAGGAAUCUGACGACGCUACUUUAAAAGCGGAGACUGCCAAAAUUAUUAAAGAUCAUCCCAAUCCCUACACUUUCACGAAACAUUUGGCUGAACAUGAAGUUGCGAAUUCAAAUCUUCCAGCGACUAUUGUGCGCCCCUCAAUGAUAACUGGAGCAUGGAAAGAACCGGUACCGGGAUGGACUGUUUCAAAGAAUGGACCGCAAGGUUUUUUGAUGGGAGCCAGCAAGGGAGUCGUGCGACGUUUACCAGUUGCGAAAGAUCUAAUUUACGACUAUAUUCCUGUUGACCUCGUCGUAAACAGUAUUCUUGUCUGUGCUUACAACAUCUCUCAAGAUAGUAAGAAGGAACUGAAAAUAUAUCAUUGCACAUCGAGCACGUCUAAUCCAUUCAGAUGGCAGCGAGUUUCGGAAAGAGUUGACGAAUUUCUUCACAAAUAUCCUUUGUGCAGUGCAGUUUGGUAUCCAUCCCUCAAACUUUUGCCCUCUCUCUUCUGGUUCCGGAUCUCUGCAAUAUUCGUGCACAUGAUCCCUGCCUAUGUUUUAGACACUGUGACUCAAAUCUGUGGUGGAAGGCCAAUAUUGGUUCGCCUCCACACGAACGUAAAUAAAUCCCUCGUUCUUUUGGAAAAGUUCAUUUUCACUGAGUGGAAGUUCUAUAACCCAAGUACACUCGAAUUACACGAUUCACUUUCAGCUGAAGACAAGCGUCUUUUUACGCUGGAUGUUAGAGGUUUAAAUUGGGAGGAAUACUUUGUAGAUUUAACGCAAGGUGUCAGGCAGUAUCUGAGCAAAGAGAGUCCUAAGAGUUUAACAAAAGCACGCACAAAGGACAAGAUAUUGAUGGUGGCUCACUUAGCUUUGCAGGCUGCGUUAUUGGGUAUUGUUUGGUGGAUUACAAAAACAAUUUUGUCUUCGACUUGGACCCAAACCGGCUUAAUAGUACCUAUCGUCUAUGUUCUAUUUAAUCUGCUCUAAUUUCCCUAUGUAUUAUCAUCAAAGAUGCCUUAAUGGAUAUAGAAUAUUGACGGAAAGUAUAGAACUUUCACAAAGAUCAACUCAUAUUUUUAAUUUAAUUUUUCUGUGGACAGAAUCUACUUUUGUAUGUUAAGUUAAAUUCAAAGCGGUAUAAUAUAUAAUAUUUGAGGGAAGUUAGAUAGAGGCAAGAGGAGGUCUUGCAUUUAAAAUAUUUAAACCAAAAUAAACCACAGGAUUAAAUCAAAGAUUGAUCCUUAUUACCAAAAUAUCAUUUUUAUGACUGUGUUCAAAGUGAGACAUGUUACAGAGGUGAUGGUCAAGGAUUUUUACAGGUUUGGUUCAAAGUUGCGUUUUGUAAUUAAGUAAGAUUUUUCAAAUCGCAAACAUUCCGUUAUAACAUUUUUUAAAUUCUAUAGAAGAGUAAUAUACGUACUACGAAAAAGGUAUAUUUAGGAAGUAUGCUCACUAAAAGCCAUUCUUUUAACUGACUGUCGAAAUAUUUAUACGUAAAGAGGAGUUGUAAGCGUUUAAUAUUGUUUGUUUAAUUUCUAUGUUUGCCAUUAUUAUUUAUGUAUGCAGCAAGGAUGCUGUAUUAAUAAAAAAAA